AUGCCUGUAAAAGCUGUUUUCUUCGACUUCAUGGGCACAUGCCUCGACUGGCACGGCAGCAUCUCCCAGGCCCUGCCCACCACCUUCCCACGCACCUCGGCCUCCUCCUUGGCCCUGCAGUGGCGCCGCGCCUACUUCCUCUCCAACCAGGCGCGCCUCGCCGCCGGCUCCGCCCCCGAGGACAUUGACCUCACCCUCGCGCGCACGCUCGCCGCGCUCGUCGAGCGCGAGUUCCCCGCCCACGCCGCGCUGUUCGCCGACCCCGCCGUCCGCGCGCGCCUCAUCCGCUCGUGGCACACGCAGCGCGCGUGGCCCGACGUCGCCGCCGCGCUGGCGCGCCUCGCCGCCCAGGACGAGCCGAGGCCGGAGCUGUUUGUGCACGGCAACGGCACGACGCGCCUGCAGCUGGACCUGGUGCGCGCGAGCGGCCUCGGCGCGCACUUUGCCAUGCUCUUCUCGAGCGAGCUGCUCGGCGUGUACAAGCCGGACCGGAGGGCGUACGACAAGGCGCUGGAGCUGGUGCGGGUGAGGCCCGAGGAGGUGGUCAUGGUGGCUGCGCAUGCGUUUGAUCUGAGGGGCGCCAAGGCGGUCGGGAUGAAGACGGUGUAUAUACGGCGCUGGACGGACGAUAUUGACGAGGACAUGGAGAAUGUGUCGAGCGAGGUGGAUGUCUUUCUCGAGAACAUGGACACUCUGCCCGAGAUCAUUGCUAAAUUUCAAUAA